AUGACAGCUGAAAAGACUAUUCCUAUAAUUAAUGGCAAGCCAGAAGAUGCUUUGGACCCAGAAGCCUCAAGUACCAAUCUCGUCCACAGCAAUGAUAAGAAAGUUCAUGAAAGAGGUCACUGGAACAAUAAGGUUGAAUUUGUGCUUUCUGUGGCAGGGGAGAUUAUUGGGUUGGGAAAUGUAUGGAGAUUCCCAUAUCUUUGCUACAAGAAUGGAGGAGGUGCUUUCCUUAUCCCAUAUGUGGUUUUUUUUAUUUGCUGUGGAAUACCGGUAUUUUUCUUGGAGACAGCCUUGGGACAGUUUACUAGUGAAGGAGGCAUUACAUGCUGGAGGAAAGUUUGCCCUCUAUUUGAAGGCAUUGGAUAUGCUACCCAAGUUAUAGAGGCACAUCUGAAUGUAUAUUACAUCAUCAUUUUAGCGUGGGCUAUCUUCUAUUUGUUUAACUGCUUUACUACAGAGCUUCCUUGGGCUACCUGUGGGCAUGAAUGGAAUACAGAAAACUGUGUGGAAUUUCAAAAACUUAAUAUGAGCAACUGCAGUCAAGUCUCUUUACAAAAUGCCACUUCUCCAGUGAUGGAAUUCUGGGAACGAAGGGUGCUAGCUAUAUCUGAUGGAAUUGAACAUAUUGGGAAUCUUCGCUGGGAACUUGCACUGUGCCUCCUUGCUGCUUGGACUAUCUGCUAUUUUUGCAUUUGGAAAGGAACAAAGUCUACUGGAAAGGUUGUAUAUGUAACAGCCACGUUCCCCUAUAUCAUGUUGAUGAUUCUUCUGAUUCGUGGAGUAACGUUACCAGGUGCUUCGGAAGGGAUAAAAUUCUACUUGUACCCUGACCUUUCUCGACUGUCUGACCCACAGGUGUGGGUGGAUGCUGGUACACAGAUAUUUUUCUCUUAUGCGAUCUGCUUGGGGUGCUUGACAGCCUUGGGAAGUUACAACAACUAUCAUAAUAACUGCUACAGAGACUGCAUCAUGCUCUGCUGCUUGAACAGUGGCACAAGCUUUGUUGCUGGUUUUGCUAUCUUUUCAGUUCUUGGAUUUAUGGCUUAUGAACAAGGUGUGCCCAUUGCAGAAGUUGCAGAAUCAG